AUGGACACUUCAAAUAACAAUAAUCUUAAUAUACUCGAUUUACCUAAUGAAAUAUUACUAAUCAUUUUCAAUAAACUGAAUACGGUCGAUGCUCUCUAUUCGCUUGUGGAUAUUAAUGAACGAUUUGAUCGAUUAGUAUUUGAUUCACUUCAUAUUCGGAAUCUUGAUACGACAAGCAUGGUCAUAAAAUCAUAUUAUGAUCGUAACUUUUCAAUAGACAAGAAUGUUCUUUUAAGAAUAUGUGAAAAAAAUUUACCACGAAUUCAUCAUCAAUUAAAUGAACUUAUUGUUGAACAAAAUUCAAUGAAACAUAUUCUUUUUACUGUUGCUUAUCCUCAACUUUACUCAUUAUCACUUGUUAAUUUUCAAGAAGAAAUACUUUUUCAAUAUUUAAGAGGUUAUUCAAUUCUUCAUCAUAUUCUUUGUCAACAAAUUAUAGAUCUUAAUAUUGAUGUUCCGUAUAAGCCAAAAUCAAAAGUAUCUAAAACUCUAUCAAGUAUAUUUGCAUUGAUUUUAUCUAUAUGUCAACGAUUAAUUAAUUUGAAUUUUUUGUCAAUUAUUUUAUGA